CACCAACAUGUAUUCGAUUUCUAUGAAAAAAAUUACAUAUAUGUGUCUUCGGUUUAUCGGAGCUAAACCUAUUUACAUAGGCAUUACCACUGCACCCACGUAUAAGUAAUAAUAAGAGUCUACCACUAGCCAUGUGCAUUUCUAUAAUAAUCAAAUCUUCUGUUGACACAAAAUAAUAAGUAUUUUCUAGCUAUGAAAAAUUAACUCUAGUAGGGAUUCGAUUAAGCUUCUAAGUUAGUCCUGUUCAGUUAAAUUAAUUGGGGUUUCAUAAAACUUGACUUAUUGCCAAGUUAUUGAGUUAAAAUAAUUGGGGUUUCAUUAAACCUCAAUGUUAGUUUUUACAUAUUUUGGAUGCACAUAUAGGAUUUACUCCUAUCUUUUCGGAUGUAAUUACUUAGCUGUACUACUUGUACAGGUCCUUGUACUAAGUUCCUGUAUUUAAUAUAAUACAUAAUUUGCUGUUAAAAAAAAUUAAACCUCAACGUUAGUUUUUAGAAAGGCUCACACAUUAUUAACUUUUAGCUUUCAAUUCAUGGUAUGUAUGGAUAAUUUGCUAUGUGAUGAGGUGUGGCUUUCAAAGUCUGCAAAUACUUUUGAAGAAGUUAUUAGUGACCCUGUUGCACUAAAGAGUUAUGAAAAUGAAGAGUUUGAAGAGGUUUUUGCAGUGUGUCUAGAGAAGGAGGUCUUGUGCUUGCCCGAACCUGACUAUACAAAGUACUUACACUACAACAAUUUCAUUUUUCCUAGCUGUAGAGUUAUUCAAUGGUUUAUCAAGUGUAGAAGCCACUUUAAUCUUUCUUUUGGGACAGUUUUCUUGUCUCUUAAUUAUCUUCAUCGCUUUGUAUCCAUUUGUCAAUGCAAUGAUUGGGAAUACUGGAUGCUUGAAUUGCUUUCUAUUGCAUGCUUAUCAAUUGCCAUAAAGUUGAAUGAGAUAUCAGGACUUUCGUUGCAUGAAAUUCAGGUGACUAAUUGUCAUUACAUCCAUCAUUCCUUGUUCAUAUGAUAUAUUAAUUGUAUGGGUAGGGGUUAUACAGAAGCACUAGGAUAAGAAAAUAAGCAAAAAAUAAUGAAAUAAGUUUUUUUUUAGCUCAAAUCAGUUCAUGCACAAAUUAAUUUGUAGAAUUUUUUUUAUCUGAAGAUAUUACGAGAGAAUUUUUAUAAGUUA